AUGGUGACACAACAAAAAAUCCCAGAAAGAUUCUGGUGCGUGAAACAGAUACAUAUCUUCCGCGACCUUGCCGAGGACGACGCAAACGCGCUCGAACGGAUAACGACCUUCAAACAAUUGAAAUAUGGCGACACCAUUUCUACCGAAGGCGUUUACCUACUGAGGGAGGGACGCGUCAAAAUCUAUGAAACACCGUCUGAAGGAGAACCUGUCACCUUAGAGGUCCUGGAACCGGGUGAAAUCCUUGGCGCAGUCAAGUGGGACGACAACGAAGCAAGUCGGAACGUCACUGCCGAAACACUUACGGAAGUGGUUGUCGGUAUCGUUAGCGCAAAGAACUUCCAAUUCUUUCUGAAACGAAAAAUUCAUUUAGCGAUGCCGUUUAAACGUCCACUGCUUCAGCGUAUCCGAUCGACCGGACAGAUGGUCGGUGAUAUCUAUACUUCGCAAGAGGUGAUGGACAAUCUGACCGUCUUAUGUGAUGAAUACGGUUCACGAUUCGCUGGAACCCCAGAGGAAUAUGAAGCCGCGAACUUCAUUGCAGAUUGCUUCAAACGAUACGGGCUCCAGAACGUCAGAUUUGAAGAUUAUCCUUAUGCCGGUUGGACGCGUGGCACGGCAACCCUUGAGGUGCUGGAACCUAUCCGCCGAACACUGCAUUGCAUCUCGCUCCCAUACUGCCCCGCUGGCGACAUCACGACCGAAUUGGUCUCUGCCGGACACGGAAGCACGCUUUGUAACAGUGCUGACAGUGCUGAAUUCAGCAAAGAGGCUGCACAAAAUGCAGUAACCACAUUACGACGUACCGCAAUCGUUACGUCAGUAGCAAAAGCCAGUCCAGCAGUCGUUAACAUAAGUGCUGUCCGUGAGAGACAAACCUCAUUUGAUGAAUGGUUUUGGGGCGAAAUUCCUACGACGCGCAGGCACUCGCUCCGAGAAAUCGGUUCCGGUGUCAUUAUUGACAAGAAGGGACAUAUCCUGACGAAUCAUCACAUCAUUGAAGGCGCAGAUAACAUCACUGUUACCAUCUCCGAUGGACAGGAGUUUACAGCACAGGUCAUGGGAUACGACUAUCUCUCAGACCUUGCGCUUUUGGAGAUAGACAGAGACACAAACCUACCGGAGAUCCAGUGGGGAGAUUCGGAUUCUCUCUUGAUAGGGGAGUGGGUCGUUGCUAUCGGAAACCCGUUCGGCUUAUCAAUAGGCAACGCUCAACCUACUGUUACGGCUGGCAUUGUGAGCGCAACGCAACGCGCCUUGACCGUCGAAAACCGCUAUCAUGAAAAUCUGAUUCAGACAGAUGCCUCCAUCAACCCGGGUAACAGUGGCGGCGCGUUGGUAAACAUACACGGUGAACUCAUCGGUAUAAACACCGUUAUUCGUUCAACCAGCGGCGGUUCACAAGGGGUCGGUUUCGCCAUUCCUGUCAACAAGGCAAGAAAAGUCGUUCAACAAAUUACCGAAUACGGCAGCGUUAUACCGCCUUAUUUCGCUAUGGAAGUGCAAACCAUAACUGAGGAAUUAGCAGAAAAAUUGUCAACACCGCUUAAUAUCGGGGUUUUAGUGUCAGAAAUAGAGAAACGGAGUCCUGUCGCAAAGGCAGGUAUUAAACGCGGUGAUGUUAUUGAAAGCAUUUCAGGGCACCGGAUAAAGAAUAAAGAGGACUUUUACGCGCUCACACGUCUGCUCCCGCUCAAUCAACCUAUAAAGUGCGAGUUCAACCGUCGCGGUAAAAAGCGGCAAACUGAAUUCACGCUAAAAACUCGACAAUGGAAUUAUACACCCCCCGGUUGGGGAAUUACACUUGCCCAACCUGACAAGGCGAUGGCGCACAAAUAUCAGAUGCCCGGCAUUAUUAUCACACACGUUGAUAAAGAGAGCGGAUUGACGAACGCGCUUAAGCGCGGGGACCUCAUCUAUCAAAUUGACGACACUAAAAUUCAUUCGCUCGAAAUUUUUAAAAUCGUUGAUGAAAAUAUCCGGUCACAAUACAAGACACUACUCUAUUUUGAGCGAGACGGUGUCCAUCAAGCCAUCCCUGUCACUUUUAAUAGAAACAAUCGGCGGAGAUAA